AUGGACGCGAAGCAUAACCGCUAUGGGUUCGAAAUGGACACGAAGUGUAACCGCUAUGGGUUCGAAAUGGACGCGAAGCAUAACCGCUAUGGGUUCGAAAUGGACACGAAGUGUAACUGCUAUGGGUUCGAAAUGGACGCGAAGCGUAACCGCUAUGGGUUCGAAAUGGACGCGAAGCGUAACCGCUAUGGGUUCGAAAUGGACGCGAAGCGUAACCGCUAUGGGUUCGAAAUGGACGCGAAGCGUAACCGCUAUGGGUUCGAAAUGGACGCGAAGCGUAACCGCUAUGGGUUCGAAAUGGACGCGAAGC